CUUAUUGUGUGUUGUUCCGUUUAUUGGAGUAAUUAAAGAUGAUGAUUAACAAUGCUGGUCGAUUGGCGAUCCCACUGAUCAGAAAGGAAAUCGUUUCUAAAAUUUUCGUCACCUCUAAUCAACCGUCGAUGAAAUUUUCUAGUAAUGUUAAUGAUGGUGGUGAAAAUAAAACUCGAAAACCGAUUGAAGAUCCAGAUCCAAAUACUCCUCUUGGAAGGUUGGACAGACAACCGAAAAAAGCUGAACCUUCGGUGACAAUUAAAGAUUCUAAGGCAACAAUUAAUGCCUAUGCUCCUUUUCCUGAUGGUACUAAUCCAGUUACCGGUGAGGUCGGUGGCCCAGUUGGACCUGAGCCGACAAGAUAUGGGGACUGGGAACGGAAAGGUCGAGUUACCGAUUUCUAAUCAACAAUCAAUAUUCAGGAUUAGUGUUUAUGGAUUGAAAUAUUUAUUAUCAAAUGCUACUGGAGGAUUAUAAUCAAGUGUGUGUCUCCUUUAAUUGUUUACUAUUCGUAUUUAUGUCAAGUGGAUAUUUACACCAGUGAGGAGAUUAAAAAAACAAGCACAUUCAAGUGUAAUCUUAAUCUAAUCAACUACAAUUUAACAUUAACCUUGAAUAGUUUUUAUCGGAAAUGAAGGUUUAAAGUAUCAAUUUAACUGAUUGUUUUUAUUCAGAAUUAAUUUGGAUGGAAACAGUUUUGUUUAAUCAAAUGAUUAUCAGUCAAAAAUCAACCAUCAGUUGACAAAAGAGAUUAAUUUUGGACAAAUAAUCAACUCCAAUCCGAUGUACUUUCAUUAACUUGAAAAUUUAAUCAAUUAUUUUCCUUAAUCAACUCCAAGUUAAAAUAAAUUGUACAAAGUAAAGAUGUAAACAUGUUGAUAAAUUUGAUUAGUAAACCGAACUAAUCAUUCAUGUGAAUUUCUUAAAUUUAGAAAUAAAAAGUUGAAUAUUAACGUUUAA